AGUAGUAAUCCGAAGACUAAGUGGAAGGCUUCCACUUGAAGCUGCUGCCUCUGAUACAUAGUCGCGUCUUUACUUGAAAGCGCGUCCGUGCCGCCAAUUAAAGUGGUCAUUUGGAAGAUCCGACCCAUAAUUAUCUUCAGGGACGUGCGGUAAAUCAAUUGGGUCACCUAGCAGCCACGGGAAAGUGCACCUCAACAAAGAAAGUAAACAUCACCGCCUUCCCCGCAAGGAAUCGCUGUUUUAUACUUUUUACGCGUUUUCAACCUUAAAUGCGACUUUUAUUACCGGCCACCAUCUUUCUCAUAUAUCAUCACAUUUGAAAUUUGAGCGAUUGAUAGUUUUCCCGAAGUCCCACUGCCGUAGACGGCGCCCCCCGUUACCAUGCCUGCGAAAGCACAGCCGCAGCGGCGCAUGACGCAGUCGCAAAAUGAACAAGUCUACGAUGUCGGUGUUGUUGGAAGAAAAACGGGCCUCACACUAGCAGAGCGCGAGCGCGAUGCACAUGGCUUCGAAGCUGUCGACUCCCUUUUUUCUUCACCUGAAAAGGAUGUUAACAAUGUCAGCGUUAAUGGCGCCAAUGGGAGGCAUAACGCUGAAUCUGACGAGGAGCAAGAAAUGGAAAUAGACGACGAAUCUCAAAUGGGACCAGCUACUAUCUUAAAACAACGACAGUCUCGCCCAUCGUUGCCGCGCGCUCGAUCUCCUAUUAAGACGCAUCUACAGUCUCCAGCACGCCAAAAUCCGCAUCUUGGUAUUACUUCAUCGCCAGCUCGCGGUUCCAUUAUACCCAUGCGCGAACCUAAACCCCCUAAAUCUGUAAAUCGCAAGUUAGAUUUCUCCAAACGCUCUUCAAAUAAGACAGCCCUUCCACAACCGAGGGUGAACGGAUCGAAACCUAGGAACGAGAAGCGCAUUAACGGACAUGCUCCUACCAACGAUUCCGAUGAUGACGAUGAGGUUAUUCCACGAGGCAGACGAAACCAGCCACAGGAAGAAGACAUUGAAGAAGAAGAAGAAGAGGAAGAAGAACCGGAGGAACCAAUGGACGUGCUUGAUGCUGGCGGUGACAAGGUAGAAAAUGUAACUGAGGAACAAGACAAGCCCCUUUUAGAUCUUGAACCAGAAAUUGAGGAAGAAGAAGAAGAGCCUAUCCCGCAACCAAAAUCCCCGGAUCAGCCUAAAAAACGCAGAGGUCGUAAGCCAAAAUCACCCGUUGUCCAAGAAGAAGAGGGAGAGCCAUCGGUUCCAAAAGCAGCACCUGCACGAACUGAAGAAGUCAAUGAUGUACCCGCCAAAAAGAAGCAACGAGGACGGCCGGCAAAGGCUUCAUCACCUAUCGAAGAACACGAACCUCCGAAGAAGACCCAAAAACGUAGGCCAGGAAGGCAAUCUGGAAGUAGUGUCGAGGAGGAACAGGAGCACGAGGCAGAGGACAAUGCCAAUGAAAGAAACACAAAGCGUCAACGGACCGUGGAAAAGGAGAGCAAGGCUUCUUCGUCGAAACCAACUGCGACAAAGGAAAAGGGCAAACCUGGUCGAAAGCGAAAGUCCUCUGGAAUUGGUGUCGAGGAGCCCGUCGUGCAGCGCGGUCCUCCCCUCCCCAAAGGUCGCGGCCUGGUCGCUCUACGCCGGGAAGACGAAGACAACAUGCGGACUACACGGUCGGGCCGGCUUUCAUAUCAGCCCCUAAAAUGGUGGAAGGGGGAGCAUGCUGUGCGAGACGGCGUAGAUGUGUUCGAAGACAAAGGUCAAAAGUUCGUAAUGCCCGUUGUCAAUGGUGUCGUGCGGUCCGAGGAAACCGAAGACGUACCGACGAAGAAACGCCGCGGUCGCCCUUCGAAGCAACGUGGUAGACCUGGGCGCCGCGUAUCCGCGAUCCCCGAGGAAGAAGAAGUGGAGCGCGACGACUGGGAGUACGACCCGGGCCGCAUCGCGGGCGAAUGCCAUUACUGGAGGCCCGAGUACGAGACGGAGCCCGCGGACGAGGACCAGCUAGAAGAAACCGAAGAAGAACUAGCCAUCUCCGAAGCGGCCAUCCAGCUCAAGGAUAUCAAGGACGCAACGUUCCGGUUCGCCAAGACGCUUACGCUCCCGUUCUUCGGGUCGGGAAUCGUGGAUAUGCCGCCCGGCUCGGAGAAGCGCACUAAGAACUCAAGGAAGAUGCAGAUGGUAUUUUUUGUACAUAAGGGGAGUGUCGAUGUUACGGUAGCGCAGACGGAGUUUAGGAUUGGCAUGGGGGGGAUGUGGUUUGUGCCCAGAGGAAAUCACUACAGCAUCGCGAAUAACACCGACAGGCCCGCGCGCAUCUUCUUCGCCCAGGGCUGCGAGGUUUUCAUCCAGGGCGAUGCGGGCGAUGUCGAGGAGACGCAGAUAGGCUAGCUAAUCUAGCCUCUCGUAAUAUUUAAUUCGCUUUCCGGUAUGUAGGCUAUUAUGAAUCAGGAGAUGGAAAGGACGGGCUGGUCGAAGAGAGCUGGGCUUCAAGUGCCGUCGUCGUCGUCGUCGUCAUUACUAUCUACAUACUUACUCUCUUUCCGCCUGGCCCAUACUCGCUGUAUCCUCUCCCUCCUCCGCGGCAUUACGGCGUUGUUAGGUCCCGUGCGUGUGCAUUGCAUUUCUUACGUCAGUGGCGUUUUCCCGCGAUGGUAGGAGGCGAGGUUGUUGGCAAUGGGCUCCCUAGCCUAGGUACCUAGUUAUUAGAAAAGCCCGGGUCGCUAUGGACUCGGGUGCUGCUACGUCUGUGAUACCAAAUCAAAAGUUUCUAUUU